GAAGGGAGAGGCGCAGGGUCGUAGUAAGAUAGCUGGCGCUCGCGUAGGGUACCAAUCAGCUGGUAUGCGCGGUGUUACGGUAGACAGCAGAACAGAACAAGUUUCUUAAAGGUGACACAAGUUUUCACGGAUUGGAACCACAAUAUCCCUCGAAGAUGAGGGAGGAGAGACUGGAUAUCGAUCAACCUUUAUGGGAUCUUAGCACUUUCGUAGGCAGAUGGAAGCAUUUCGCCUGGCAAACUGAUUUUCGCACUUGUACUGUCAGUAAUUCCGAGUUGCUAGAAGCAAGGAAACUACUCGAGGACUAUAAACUUGGGAAAGAGCCAGCUGGUACAACCCGGGAGCAAGUUGUCUAUGCUAAGAAGCUUUACGAGUCGGCCUUUCAUCCCGACACCGGUGACCUGCAAAAUGUCUUCGGCAGAAUGUCCUUCCAAGUGCCAGGUGGAAUGCUUAUUACUGGUGCCAUGCUUCAGUUUUACAAAACAACUACAGCUGUGGUUUUUUGGCAAUGGGUGAACCAGUCAUUCAAUGCGUUGGUUAACUAUACAAACAGAAAUGCCAACAGUCCUACAACCGUGUCUCAAUUGGGGGUGGCAUACUUCAGUGCUACUUCAGCAGCUAUGAUAACAGCUAUAGGAUGCAAAUCCUUUUGGGCAAAACGGGCAAGCCCUCUUAUGGCGCGUUAUGUGCCAUUUGCUGCCGUGGCGGCUGCAAAUUGCGUGAACAUUCCCCUGAUGCGACAGAACGAAAUCACCAAUGGAGUUGAUAUCAGUGAUGAGAACGGCAAUAAGUUAACCAAGUCAAAAUGAUCCUCCCACCAAUUAUGGAAAGACUAGAAAAAUACGCUUGGAUGCAGAAGAUCAAAUUUUUGCACGCACCUAUACAAGUUAUGUUGGUCGGUUGUUUUUCAAUUAAAUCUAGUACUUUGGAACGUUGGGAACCUGAGAAUUACGAACUCUUAAAGAAGAAUUGUGAAAUCAAGAAAAUACCCACAUACUUAUACUUCAACAAAGGUUUAUAAUUAAUGAAGGCUGUAGUCGUGGUAAAAGAUCAUCAAUGGUGCUCUUCUUCAUCGUCCUGCAUAAGAUAAUAAGCUGAUUAAUAAUUGAAUUGAACAAAUUUUCGCAUACAAUAAGUCAUCGGGAAUAUUUGUAGUUUUCUGCUGGUCCAGAGGAUGAAGAAAGCUUGUUCAAGAAAGAAGAACAACAGAUACGACAAUAUUAUAUUACAAAUUAUUUUUAUCCUAUGUAGCAAUACGUUUUAUUUGUAAGAUUUAUCAUGUACCUAAGUGCUAUGUAUCGAUGCAUUUUAUUAUUCAUUAUAUACUUUCAUCAAUAAUGAUUAGGAUCGAUUCUUCUUGGAAUAACAUUAGUAAAAACAUUAGUAACUACCUUUUUGCACGCAAAAUAUUUCAGACGACAAUAAUUUGUUUUUACUGAACGCUCAAUCGUUUUACUUUAAUUAAACUAGAUAAACAAUAUUUUUUUAAGGAGCAUUUAGACGAUUAAUAUAUAUUGUCAAUAUUUCAAGAUUCUCAAUAUUAUUGUAUGUAAGAACAAUUAACAUAUAUUGAUCAUCUGAAGAAUCCUUACGAGAAUAUUGGCAACUUUAAAUAUAUAUAUAUAUAUUCAGAACUUUGACGAUAUAUAUUGAUCACUUUAACACUCUAUAAUGAUUUAUACUAUGUUUUGUUAUAUCAUAUAUUGUUAAAUCUCUGAUUUUAGAUCUUAAAAUCAUGUCAAUGUUAUUAACUGUUACUACCUCCUUGAGCUGUUAACAAAAGAAAAUGCUGCCAUGUAUAUUUUAGUAAACAUUACAAUAAACUUGGAAACUGAAUUUCAAUGAAUUUGUCUUAUUCUGAUUAUAGAUUAUAAUCGAUUACAUGAUAGUAGUAAACCUAAUAAAUAUAAAAAAUAGUGUAAUUCGAUACAUGUAUAUAGAAUGUAAAAAGCUAUAUAUUUGGCCGUGAAUGUGUAGGUUGAAUUUGUUGCGGCAUAUAACCAAUGCGUUCUUGAAUUUCAUUUUGUGGCACUUUACCACCCCACGUGGGAGGGCUGAAUGUUGUUGGUGGUCUUUCUGAUUCUUUUUUAGCUUCAAGAGCCUUUCUCAUUGCUUCAUAUUCUUCCAGAUCGUCUAGUCGUAAAUCAAGUCUCGUCGGACUGCGUCGUAUCAUUUUAAUGAAAAUGUGGGUACAACAAGGGAUUUGGCCGCCGUAAACACGCUUCCGAUCGAGUGCUACAAUUUUCGUUAAUUUUGCCACGGCGGCAAGCACUCAUCUUUAAUAAAUUGUAAAUAAUUGUAAAUUAAGCACCAGGCAACGAAGCGCCAGCACGAAAGGAUGCUUUACUUGGAAGAUUAUGUCGAAAAUUCAAUGGACAGUUUAGAAAAAAAAGUAAAGAUUUUCUUUGCAAAUGCAAAGAAGAUGAAACCUAGUGAAAAAGAAGCAGAAUAUGAAGUCAUUAGAAGAGAGUAUUACAAAACUCUGGAAGAUGCCGAUGAGAAAGUGCAUUUAGCUAAUCAGAUGUAUGAUUUAGUAGAUAGAUAUUUGAGAAGAUUAGACCAGGAAUUGCACAAAUUUAAAAUGGAACUAGAAGCAGAUAAUAAAGGUAUUACCGAAAUAUUGGAAAAAAGGUCAUUGGAACUAGAUCAACCACCUACGAAUAGUAGUCAAAAAGAGAAUCGGUAUAGCUUUACAACAUCCACUCGAACAGAAAAAAGGAGAGAUUCGAACGCGUCAUCGACAUCAAUAGAAAAACGCUUAGCUAUAGAAAAAAUUUCUCCAAGUCUUCCUGAAUCGCGACCGGCUUCUGCAAAUUCAGGACCAAUUAUUGCCGCGACUAGCGUGCCAUCUACUCCUACAGCAAUUGCAAAUUCCGUCGGUUCUGUGAGUUAUAAUCUCGGUCACAUAGGAGCUGGUGGAAAUGCUAUAGCAGCUGCAGCAUCGCAAGCAAUUGCUGCGACGCAGCAAAUGCAGCAAGGUAGACGUACUGCUAGUUUAAAAGCUAGUUACGAGGCCAUCAACACUGGUGGUGUACAUGCAGCCGAAUUUAGUAGAGAAUUAGCUGGCGCUGCCCAGACUGCUAUUGCAGCUAUACAACAGGAAACAACUAAAAAGCAUAAAAAGAAAGUAACAACUGCUGUCCCAAGUUCGAGUGUAGUUGCUGCCUCUGCUCAACAACCUGUAUCACCUCCAGUUGCAACUACAAAUAACACACAAGUCGCAGAUUCAGAUAAUCCAGAUUGGACUUAUGAUCCAAAUGAACCAAGAUAUUGCGUAUGUAACCAAGUAUCUUACGGUGACAUGGUUGCGUGUGACAAUUCAGAUUGUCCUUUUGAAUGGUUUCAUUAUCCAUGUGUGGGUAUCACUGCACCUCCAAAAGGAAAGUGGUACUGUCCUCAAUGUACAUCUUCUAUGAAGAGACGCGGAAGUCGGAAAAACUGAUUGUGCUGUAAUCAGUGCAAAUAUAACAAGAAAAAAUUGAUACUACCUCUUAGGCAUUGUCCGUCAAGUACCAACUUAGUUAGGAAGCUAUUAAUUCUGAUUUUAUAUGAAUUUUUAAAUAUGUUUAAAGUUUAAGUCGUGAUCUUAUCUGGUCUUGAUCUUGUCUCACAAAACUUGAAUUUCUGUUUCUAUAGCAGAAAAGGGCAGUUUUUUUACUGCAUUUUGUAGACGUAACGAGAGGAUCAGACAAUGAAUUCUGGAUAAAUUCGUUUUACGAGAGAAUUUUUUGCAUACAAGUAUCGCACUUGUGCACCACUCUUUACUGCGACCACAUUAGGUAGUUUCUACGAAUUUACAUUGAAAAGUAAUCUUCUUCUCUGGUAAUACGUAAUUUAUGGACUGAAUACCAGAAGUGAUUUUCAUUGUGAAUUUUUCAAAAUUCAUGUCUUUAAUUUUUCGCAAUAUCGAUCAAUCUUCGUAUAUUUACGUCCUCGUGUUAGUUCAGACGUGCUUAGUAUCUCGCUGAAUUGAUGACUAGGCGAGCAAUAACAUUUUAAGUGUUCUACGCUUUUGAGAGAGAGAGAGACAAACAAGAAAGCAAAGAGAAAGAAUGUAUGUGUGUAUGCGUGUGUACAUGCGAGAGAGAGAGAAAGAGAGAGA